UCUUUUGGAUUGUCACAGGAUGAUUAUACAGAAGACCGAAAAGACUAUGAUUGAUUGAAAAUGAAGUUUUAAAAACCUUACAAAAGCACUGCAAGGUCAUAAAGUAUUUUCAACAGCAUACACCAAAAUGGGUUCACAAAGAUCAAAAACUUCUUUUCUUCUUCUUGUUUUAUCUCUGUUUUCGCUGUUACACAAACUCGAAACAAAACACAAUACUCAUCAUUCCCACCCUCAUCACAAUCACAAGAACUCGCAAUCUUCUGCUGCUAAUCCCAAGCUCAACCAAGCUUACAUUGCUCUCCAAGCAUGGAAAAAGGUCAUCUACUCUGACCCAACAAACUACACUUCCAACUGGGUAGGACCUUCUGUGUGCCGCUACAGAGGAAUAUACUGUGGACCUGCAAUCGACGACAACACCACCACUGUUGUCUCGGGUAUUGACCUUAAUCACCUGGACUUAGCUGGCUUCCUUCCAGAUGAAAUCGGCCUUCUUGCUGACCUCGCUCUGCUCCAUAUAAACAGCAACCGCUUUUGUGGGGUCCUUCCUCUAACUCUGUCUAACCUUACCCUUUUGUAUGAGCUUGAUCUUAGUAACAACCGCUUUGUUGGGCCAUUUCCAUCUGUAGUACUCUCCCUGCCCUCCCUCAAAUACCUUGAUCUUCGAUACAAUGAGUUUGAAGGACCAGUUCCUUCUGAACUGUUCAAUAAUAAGUCCCUUGAUGCAAUCUUUGUCAAUAACAACCGCUUCACUAGUGUAAUCCCAUCUAACUUAGGUAUGUCCACAGCCUCGGUGGUUGUUUUCGCUAAUAACAAAUUUGGUGGGUGUUUACCUCCAAGCAUAGCAAAUUUCGCUAACUCCAUCGAAGAACUUUUACUGAUCAACACGAGUUUAACAGGGUGUUUGCCAGAAGAAGUUGGAUACUUGUAUAAGUUGAGGGUGUUAGACGUGAGUUACAAUCAAUUAGUUGGUCGGAUACCCUAUAGUAUAGCAGGAUUAGCUCACUUGGAGCAGCUAAAUUUUGCUCAUAAUAUGAUGAGUGGAGAAGUAUCUGAUGGAAUAUGUGUACUGCCAAACUUAACAAACUUUACACUUUCUUACAACUUUUUCUGUGAGGAGCAAGGACUGUGUGGGAACUUGACAUCGAAAGGAGUCGUGUUCGAUGAUCGUCGUAAUUGCUUGCCGGGGAAGAAGCUACAAAGGAGUAAGAAGGUAUGUGAUGUAAUAUUGGAGCACCCGGUUGAGUGUGAGGAGUUUAAUUGUGACUACUCUUAGCUUGUUUGGUGUAUAAUUUGUCAUACUAGGGAUGAAUGAUUGCAGGUUUUUAUAACGGUGUAUUAAUUUACUAGAUUUGAACACUGUGCCUUGUACGAGUAAGCUGUAAUUAUAAUGGUA